GAAUCCGUUUCCUUCUCUCUCUAGCAAAAAAAAGUAUACCCACUCCUUUCUCUCUCUAGAAAAAACGGAAGUACUUUAUUAGCAGGCAGCCGUGGCCAAGCAUCAAAGCAUUUGCAGACACAGCAUAAACCUGUCCUUUGCAACAAUGGCCACAUCUGCAAAGCCCUGUGACCUGGCAAAAGUAAAAGCACUAUGGUGGCCUUUCUCUCUCUCUCAGCCAUGGCUUGCACGUCUGAUAAAGCUUACACACUUCUCUUCAUUUCCUCAAAGGCUGCCUAAAUCCGUUAUGGCCAUGGCCGAAAGCUGAAAAAAUUAGGUCGAAAGCUUCGAUUCUUUGGUGGUGGCGUAAAAGUUUGGGAACUAGGGGGUCAAAGGCUUUGAAUCUUCUGUUGUGGUAAUGGUUAGAAACUAUAAACAAAUGGAAAAGCAGAUUUUGAUUCGUUUGUGAUGACGGAAAGUUAGAAAAUUGGGUAGAAAAAGCACUGAGCAUGGUGGGAAGUUGAAAUAGAGUGGUGAAAAUUCUGUAAGGAAACGGGAGAGAAGUUUCUGAAUCUUCUGGUUUUCAGUGGAAAGUUCGGUUGCUUUGUUAAUGGUAGAGAGGUAGAAAAUUAUGGAGAAAUGAAGCUAUUGGAAUUGUUCUAAGUUGAAUGAAAAAAGAGAAUAAAGCUCUGAUUUUUCUAGUAAUGGAGAAGAACUUAAGCAAAGGAAGAAAAGCUUCAAUUGCACUGGAUGUUCACUAUUGCUUGCUUUCCAAGAUUCCGGUUUAAUGUUGUUUUGCUGGAGCUUACUGUAUGAGUGAGAAUCUUUUCAACAUUGGUUCUGUCUAUCAUGGCAAAGAUUUCUCAACAGAGGCGGUCCAUAAGGACUGAAAAAGACCAUCCAGGAUGCAUAUGGGGACUGCUGAGUAUCUUUGACACUCGCCACAGCCACUCAAUUAGAAGGUUGAUUGCAGACAGGAGGCAUGGAAGUGCUAGAUAUGCUAUUGGUAAUAGAUAUUCAAAAAGUACACUCAACAUGCUCCCUGGAGUUGAUAAAAAACAGGAAACCAUCGAUUCAGGAGUACCGGUCAAUAAAAAAACAGAAGAAAAUGUGCCAAUGAAGGUGAAUGAAGCGAUCAAAGAAAAUCAUUCAAAGAAGCAGAUUAACAGUGCUCUAGCCUGUGGGCUCAUACCCGAUCCAAGAUUAGGAUCUCAUCUAGAAGUGAACCAUGCUAACCACCAUGAUGGGCUAGAUAAGCAGCUUAUUGAGAAACAAGUUCUUCUUCAGGAGAAGUUGGGAGAAGCAGCAGAGGCCUUUCUUAACCAGAAGUUCAUGGAUGCAACCAAAGAUGGAACAACGCCCCACCCCAAGGAACUUCUUGAUGCCCUAGAGAUAUUAAAUUCAAACAAGGAAUUGUUUUUAAAGCUCCUUCAGGAUCCAGAUUCAGUAUUAGUGAAGCAUAUCCAGGCAUUAAGGAAUGCUCAGACUAAGAAAUCAAAAAGAAAUUCAUCGAAAUCACUUGAAGAAUCCAAGUUAUCAGAGCUUCUCCUUAGUGAAAACGUAGAGCCUGUGGAGCUUCCCAACGAGAGAAAACAUCAGAAGCCUAGUGGGCAUAAAAGUUUUAGGAAGAGAGAGAAAGCCAAGAGUGGAGACCCUUUAAGAGAGAAAUCUGAAGGUCUGCACUCAAUGCCUAAUGGUCCCCAAAUCUCAACCAGAAUAGUAUUGUUGAAACCUAGCCUAGCAACUGCUCACCAAGAUGCAGUUGGAUCAAAUCCAAGUUCUUCACAUAAGACUGAAUGUGAAUUAUUAGGCAAAGGAGCUGGCUUCUCUCUCAAAGAAAUUAAACAAAGGAUUAAGCAUGCAAUAGGUGACAACAAAAAAGGGCCUUGGCUAAGUAUGGAUGGUUUUCUUCAUAGAGCUCCUUAUGGGGCCAAACAUUUAAAACAACUCGAUAGCACGGUCGCAAUGGAUGUUGAAAGGACCACAGAAACAGAUAUAACUAGUGGUAAUUCUGGGGAUAGUGAGAGAAACUCUAAAACUACCACACCUACCAGCAGGAGAGAGAGAGGAGGCAAACUAAAACUAAACCAAGUUCACUUAAAGACUGAUUCUUUACAUUCACUAUACCUCAACGGUCUUGGGACUUCAAGUUUAACUCUUUCUCCAGUUAGUAGAGAAGCCAGAAAGCAUCUCAGAGAAAGAUUGAGUUCAGAGAAUGAAGAGGAUAUGCAGAGCCCCAAACAGGCUCCAAGAACCUUAGGGAGAAUACUUGAUUUGCCUGAGUAUAAUGCAUUGUCACCAAGGUUAAUUGCUAUAAGGGAGAGGAAGCCCUACAAUACUUCUGAUUAUGAAUCAGAAAGUGCACUGCAGCAGGUGCAUUGGAAUAUGGAUCUCUCAGAAGAAAUGUCUAGAGUUUCUAAUUCUGGCAUUGAGAGUUCUACUAUUGUUGAUAAAGUAAGCUCAAAUUGCAUAAGACCUGAUCUUCAAUCAAGCCCAAGGACCCCAAAAGAGCUUGGUAGUGAGAGAAAAGAUGAGGGCAUCCCUUCUGUAGAAGAUUUAUUUCCAUCAGCUGAUAAUGAGAUAAGUGAUCUCGAUCACAUGGAAAGAACAGAAGGCAGUGAUGUGUUGCAUGUUACCGAAGAACCGGAAAGCAUUGGAACCACUUCAGAAAACACAAAGGAGAACCUUCUCACAGAUACAACUGAAAAUUGUGCCCUAGAAAGAGUCUUGGAAGCAAGAGAAUCAAGCUGCAAAUGCUCUCAUUUUGACCUCCAAAAGAAUAAUAUUGAAGAAGUCCCUCUACUGGAAACAACCGUGGUAAAAUCACCAUCGAGCUCCCCAACUCGUUACUUCUCAUCUAGCUAUUCACUAAUCCAUGAAGCUGAGGCCUUGGAGAGCAUAUGUGAAAAGCCAGAGCUACCAAGUCCUAUAUCGGUUCUGGAUCCAUCUUUCCAUGAAGAUGUGCUCAGUCCUGCAAGCUCCCUCAGCCCUCGACAAGUUCGAAUCAUUGAUGAGCGACAAACUCCAUCACGAUUCGCUGAAGAGCUCCAUAUAGAACCACGAAGAAUCCAAUUCAAAGAGCCCAAGAGCUACAGAGACCCGAAAAUUUCCAUUGAGAGAAAUGCAGCCAUAUUUGAGUACGUAAGCGACGUGCUUGAGGCCUCCGGAUUCAGCAAGGGCGGGUUUCAGGAGAGCUGGCAUUCAUCAGACGAGCCAUUGGACUUUUCUCUAUUCAAUGAAGUAGCAUACCCAUCUUGUCAAAUUCAUGAAGAUCAGAGGCACCUCAUAUUUGAUUGCAUCAAUGAGGUUCUUGUGGAGCUUUACAAGAGGUAUUUUGGUUAUUCCUUAUGGUUUUCUCUCUCUAGAAAUAACAUUCGGCCUAUCCCAACCAGUAAGCAUGUAUUGGAAGAGGUAUGGACAGGAAUUAGAUGGCAUUUACAGUCAGAAAUACUACCCAAUACAUUGGACUCUCUCUCUAAAAGAGACUUGGAGAGAAGGGAAGGUUGGAUGGACCUUGGAGUCGAUAUAGAACAACUGAUAAUAGAAAUUGAAGAAGAGAUCUUUGAAGACUUGAUAGAUGAGGCCGUCUUUGGCGACUUGUUGGAAGAAGCUUCUUCUGAUACAUGGUAGAGGAAACACUGGUUUCUGAUUUUGUGGGGUUCUUAGGCUGCUUUGUUGGCGUGUGUACAUUUGGUUCGAGAUUAAGUUUUGUGUUGUAAUUCGGUGUGAAUAGGUCCUUCCCUCUCUCUCUACAAAUUGUAAUUUAGGAGGUAAAUGUGUAUUUGAGGCCAAUGCAUUCCUUGGCAGUGUAAGAUAUCACAGAGGUGUUAUUUUUAGGAGGAAUGUUAUAAUUGUACUCGGGUUAUACAGAAAUAAAAGAUGAGUUACACUGUUUUCGAUA